AUGGUAUCUCCAACGAAAAUGAUAAUAAGGUCUCCAUUAAAGGAAACAGACACUAACUUGAAACAUAAUAAUGGGAUUGCUGUAUCAACUACGGCGGCGGGCCAUUUGAAUGUAUUUUCUAACGACAAUAAUUGCAACAAUAACAAUACCACUGAAUCCUUCCCGAAGAAAAGAUCCCUUGAGCGCCUCGAGCUCCAACAGCAACAGCACUUGCAUGAAAAGAAAAGGGCUAAAUUAGAAAGGGCCAGAUCCAUUGAAGGUGCUGUUCAAGUGAGCAAGGGUACAGGUCUGAAGAAUGUCGAGCCAAGGGUUACACCUAAAGAAUUGCUGGAAUGGCAAACGAAUUGGAAAAAGAUCAUGAAAAGAGACUCUCGCAUCUACUUUGACAUUACCGACGACGUAGAGAUGAAUACAUAUAACAAGUCCAAGAUGGACAAACGCAGAGAUUUGUUGAAAAGAGGGUUUCUUACAUUGGGUGCCCAAAUCACUCAAUUUUUUGACACUACUGUUACAAUAGUUAUAACAAGAAGAUCUGUUGAGAAUAUAUAUUUGCUAAAAGAUACUGACAUUUUAUCUAGGGCUAAAAAAAACUAUAUGAAAGUUUGGAGUUACGAAAAGGCUGCCAGAUUUCUGAAAAAUCUUGAUGUUGAUUUGGAUCAUUUGAGUAAGACUAAAUCUUCUUCUUUAGCUACGCCCACAUUGUCCAAUCUCCUACACAAUGAAAAAUUAUAUGGACCAACGGAUAGAGACCCCAGAACUAAGAGGGAUGAUAUUCAUUACUUCAAAUAUCCUCAUGUAUACCUUUAUGACCUAUGGCAGACCUGGGCUCCCAUAAUAACUUUAGAAUGGAAACCUCAAGAAUUGACGAACUUGGACGAAUUACCUUACCCAAUAUUGAAAAUGGGUUCAUUUGGCAGAUGCCCUUUUAUAGGUGAUAGAAAUUAUGAUGAAAGUUCCUAUAAGCGCGUGGUAAAGAGAUAUUCGAGAGACAAGGCAAACAAAAAAUAUGCAUUGCAACUUCGUGCCCUGUUUCAAUAUCAUGCUGACACCCUACUGAAUAUAUCAUCAGCUAAUGAUCAAACGAAAACCCUAAUAUUCAUACCUCAUACAUGCAACGAUUCCACUAAGAGCUUCAAAAAAUGGAUGCAAGAGAAGGCAAAAACCUUUGAGAAGAAUGAAUUAAAGAAGCCGGAUGACGAUGCCAUUCAAGAAACUCAUGAUGAGCAUGUUGGCCAAACCGAUGAGAAAAAUAGUAUAUUUUUUAAAGAGAUUGAAACCAAAAGGCGUCCGUUAAAAGAAGAUGAGGAAAAUAAACAAUCUAUAAUUGAGGAAUCCAACAAGUACCCGCAGCGGAAAGAGCUGACUACCAUACCGAAACUAAACCAUCCAGUAUUAGCCACUUUUACGAGACAAGAAACUGAGGAAGUACCGGAUGAUUUAUGCACUUUGAAAACAAAAUCACGUCAACCAUUUGAAAUCAAAGCAAGUGGUGCUCACCAGUCUAAUGAUGUAGCAACCUCUUUUGGUAAUGGUUUGGGUCCAACAAGAGCAAGCGUCAUGAGCAAGAACAUGAAGUCAUUAAGUAGACUAAUGGUUGAUAGAAAGUUGGGAGUAAAGCAAACAAACGGCAAUAACAAAAAUUAUACAGCCGCUAUAACAACUGCUGCUGAAACAUCAAGAGAAGAUAAGCACAGGUUUGAUGUUGAUGCUUUGAAAAAAGACGAAGCCCUCUCAAGAGAGACGGGAAAAAAUAAUGCUAUACAUCUGGAAACUAACAGCAGGCUCCAGAAUUUCCCAAAGGUUGCUAUCAAAUCUGUAUCUGCAGACUCAAGAUUUAAUAAUGACAUCAAGACAACCACAGAAUCUCCAACAGCAUCGAAGAAAACAACUUCCACAAACGUCACCUUACAUCCUAAUGCACAGACAGCACAGCCGGUGAAGAAAGAGACGGUAAAAAAUUCCGGAUACUGUGAAAAUUGUCGUGUAAAAUACGAAUCUUUGGAACAACACAUAGUUUCUGAGAAACAUCUGUCUUUUGCUGAAAAUGAUUUGAAUUUUGAGGCUAUUGACUCGUUAAUUGAAAAUCUCAGAUUUCAAAUAUAG